AUGGCUUGGCUCAAAAUCAUCCUUUGCCACCUGAUUUGGGAGAUCGCCGCUGGUCCUGCUGAGCUUGAGGAACUACGACGCACGACUUCGAGGGAUUCUAUCAACCUCUGGAAUGAUAAUUCGGAUGUGUUUGCAAGUCUUGAUUUUGAUUUCUCAGGGAGCCCAGAGGAGUUGACGGGGGAGCUCAAUUUGUCAAAUUAUCCCGAUUCUGAGCCACUUGAUCACAUUGGGCCGAUAGGAUUCAAGCCAUCUGGGAAGAAAGAUGGGCAUCAAGCAACUCACGAUCAGGCAUCGGUAUCGUCUUACAGAAAAGGAGUAGGAUUGAACACCAUAUUUAUCCAGGCCCCAGCGAAACCACAGUGGCCUUCCAAGAGCUCUGAAACCGAUCGGGAAAACGAGCCAUCUGGCAAAAGAGGAUUCGAAUGGAAGAGAGCAGACGAGGAAAUCCAACUGCUUGACCACCUGCAAACAUUCCAUCCCCCACUCGAAAAUGAGGCGCAUCCUGAGAGCUCCGUGAACACGACUCCCCGGGAUCUGACCGACCUCAAGAAUGAUCAGUUAAAUGCAUUCGAAAGCCUUGAUUUGGCUAUCGAAGAAAUAAAUAGGUUCGGGGCAGACUUCCAUUGGUCAUUCGAUCCCCUUUCCGAUGCAGCUGGAUUCAGGCCAUCUGAGGAGAAAGAAUAUACCACUGUCCCGAUCUUUCGGCUUGGAAUUAUAAAUCUAGACGGAAACCGUGGUAAUCACGAGCAGGUAGCGGAGUCGUCUUAUGGAGAAGGAGUAGGAUCAAACAGCAGAUUGAUCCAGGUCCCAGCGGAAAACGUGGCGCAUUGCAAGAGCUCUGAACUCGUUGGGGAAAUCAAGCCGUCUGAGGGAAAUAAACAGUUCGCAUCGAAGAGAGCCACCAAGGAGAUUCAACCGCUUCUCCAAAAACAAGCACUUCAUCCCCCCAUGGAAAAUGUGCUGCAUUCGGAGAGCUCCGGAACUGCUUGGCAAGCGCAUGAUGUACGGCCAGGCAGACCGAGUGAGCUAUUGCAAGUUGCUCAACCACAUCAACCACUUAUCUAUCAAACCAGUACUCACAUGCAAACCGAGGCGCCUUUGGAGAGCUUCCAGACCAAUUCGCAAGCCAAGUCCUAUGUUAGAAAACAAGUAGGAUCCAACAAAAGGUUGAAAGUCAAUCAACAAAUUCAAAAGCCUAUCGACCAACUGACCCAGACCCCCACGACUUCACGACCGCAUCCGGAAAGCUCUAUUUCCAAGUCAGACCCAGCGAGUCAGGCAAAGAGAGCGCAGGAAAACAACAAGAAAAAAACUAGCCGCACAAGGGGACAACAAACACGAUACUUUAGUGAGGGGGCCGAAAUGCGUACUCUUCACCUUCGUGCGGAAGACGCCCUUAGCUACCAGGACCCUUCAGCGAAAGAAGAACUCGCAUCCUUCAUAGAAAAGCUUGAUCAAAAACAUGAAGAGAUGCAACACGUUCAUAGUGAUUCUUUAAUAUCACCCCUAACGGAGACAUAUGUGGAGACGCUUGGGGGUUUAGAAAUGAUUGUACCUAGGUUUAGACUUAUAGAAAAUCAUGGAGAUCGUUCUCUUUGCAAGAUAAACAUCCGAUUACCUCUCAAAUCAAAUAACCAACGACAGAAGAAAUAUGAUCCGAUCCGCAGGAAGAUCAACACAAUCUUACGAGCCCUAAAUUCUUAUCAUAACUUACUUUUUCUGAAUGGAAUGGAUCAAGAUAUUUUACAAAGAAAAGAACAAAAGCAUGCAGAUCUACUCGAAUGGUUUUACGACCAGAUAUUCACCAACACUGUAGAUCACCCCCCCCUACUUGGCGAGGCCGAAGUCAAACUUCUAGAAGUUAGUCGGGAGAAGAAAUUCACCGAUCCCCAAAAUACUGUAGAUCACCCACCCUUCAAAGGCAAAGAAAAGGUUGAACCUCAAGAAAUAAGUGGGGAAAAGAAGUUCAAUGAUGCCCAGAGGCGUAUAUAUAAAGAGUUGAUUGAUCCAGCAAAGCUAGGCAGAUACGAGGCUGAAAUGAUUGCGCUUGAUCUUAUAAUACUUUGGUACAGAGCUGAAUUCUCAAAACUCUUGGUAGGUGCUUUCCCCAAGGGUGAGGAAUACAUUCAGAAGCUAGCUCAGGGAUUAAAAGCAUAUAAGCCCAGCAAACUCAAGAAACACCCAUCAGGAUUUGUUGCAAGAAAAAGUAGUUGA